UUGGUCUUUACUAAUUUUAAUUGGGUUAUAUUAAGAACAAGUGUGAAAGGGAAGUCCCCACGAAAGUAUGUUAGCAGUGUGAUUGUGUGUGCAUGUGAGUAUGUUCACUCCUGUCCUUUCUCACCCUCCAGAAACGAACAGCCGUACCCAACUCUUCCCUUUGUUCUCCCACAAAAAUAUCCACACACACACACUUACACAAACCAUCAACAGGUGCCUGCCAGGGUAGAGUCCACACAUUCCUUUCUCCCUCCCAUAAUUCCCUUUCCUCCCAACCAAUCACAGGCCUGCUUUUCACAAGUUGCAGGGAGUAGAAAAGUGAUGAGGUGACCAUGUCAGGGUUUGGUAGGAAAGGUUCGGCACUGUAAUUAACACGAGGUUCAGCACUGUAAUUAGCUGUUUGUUAGAGAGAGGACAGACACUGUGGAGUGGGAUAUGCACGUUAGUGUGAGCUUGUUAAGGUGUGUUUGUACGUGGUGCCAGUGGUGACGGCUGGUGCCAGACUGUGGAUAUACAGAUUGUACUUAUAAUGAAGACUCUGCUUUGGGUUCUGUGGUGCUGCUGGCUUCUAACUCUCACAGUGGCAUCCGAGGCUGAGCGGAGGCUACUGGAGGAUUUGUUUCAGGAUUACAACCUGAAGGUGCGGCCAGCACGUACCUGGAAUGAGCGAGUGAUGGUCCGAGUGGGAAUGACUUUAGUACAGCUCAUCAGCUUGAACGAGAAAAAUGAAGAGAUGACAACAAACGUGUUCAUGAAUAUGGAAUGGACAGAUUACAGGUUGUCUUGGAAUCCUGAGGACUAUGACAGUAUUGACGUUGUGCGAAUUCCUCCCUUAAAAGUGUGGCGUCCAGACAUCUAUCUAAUCAACAAUAAUGAUGGUCAGUUUGACGUUGCCCUGUAUGUGAAUGUGCUAGUGAGGAGUGAUGAAACCGUCUCCUGGUAUCCACCAGCCAUCUACCGCAGCUCCUGUUCCAUAGAGGUGGCGUACUUUUCAUUUGACUGGCAGAACUGCUCGAUGGUGUUUCGUUCCUACACAUAUGAUUCCUCAGAAGUGGACCUUCAGUACGGUCUAGAUGAAGAUGGCAACGAGCUCCAUGAGAUAGUGAUUGAUGAGAAUGCAUUCACUGAGAAUGGUGAGUGGCAGAUUUGUCAUAAGCCCAGCAGAAAGAACAUCCAUGAUGACUUGUAUGAGGACAUCACCUUUUAUCUGAUCAUUGAGAGGAAGCCCCUGUUCUACAUCAUUAACAUCAUCGUGCCCUGCAUCCUCACCAGUGUGCUGGCCAUAUUUGUCUUCUAUCUGCCACCUGGUGCAGGUGAGAAGAUGACUCUGUCUAUCUCAGUCCUCAUUGCUCUCACUGUUUUCAUGCUGUUGUUGGCUGACAAAGUUCCAGAAACAUCACUUGGCAUACCGAUCAUCGUUAACUAUGUAAUGUUCACCAUGAUCCUGGUGACGUUCUCAGUCAUCCUUAGUGUGGUGGUCCUGAACCUUCACCACAGGACUCCCAGCACACACCACAUGCCCGUAUGGGUGAGAAAGAUUUUCAUCAACUUACUGCCCCAUUACUUGGGUGUGCUGAGGCCCCAAACUGAGUUACCGGUGGAGGACGAACCAAAAGAAAACAUCCCAUUGGGUUAUCUGGACAAAGGUCUUAAACCUGGAGGUGAAUAUUUCAUCCGAAAGAUCAACCCAGAGCUGGUAUUGCCUUGGAGAGGAAGUUAUAAUGAGAGUACUGUGAAGUUGCAGAGGUUUUCAAACAGUGACAUCUAUUGUCUGAUUCUGCCUCCGAAUCUCAAAUCUGCAAUCGCCGCCAUCACGUACAUGGCUGAACAAUUGAAGAAACAGGAUGUGGAUGAUACUAUGACAGAUGACUGGCAGUACAUUGCUGUGGUUUUGGAUCGUCUCUUCUUUUGGCUCUUUGUCAUCAUUACUACGCUGGGCACACUGGCCAUGUUUCUGGAUGCCAGUUUCAACUACACUCCUGACCAACCUUUUCCAUGAGUACAUCAUCCCUUCAACGACAAGCACACAGCUACUGCACAGCUCCUGAACAUAAAACAUAGUUAGACUGUAGUUCAUGUGGACCGACUCUAGGGGGCACCAGAAAAUCAUCUUUCUUCUCCAUCAAUCUUCUUUCUUUCUUUUUC